AAGUGUGCUCUCUGUGAAUAUAAAGAUAUUAAUUCUAAUUCUAAAGUCAGAGCUCUGUUUAAAAACAUGACAUGAUGUGUCCUCGUCACCAUGGCCCACCCACCACAUUUAAAAUCCUGUGAAGUGAAAGUGAAAGUAAACUGGUGUUUGUGCGUCAGUCUCUGAGUCUCUGCUGAGUCACGCUGCUUCGUGCGUCUGCAGUUUGACUGAGGAUCAGAUUUAACGGGACUUUGACUGCAGGAUCAAGAUGCUGCUGAUGCUGCUGCUCCUCUUACUGGUUUCCCAGCAUGCUUCAGCUGUGGAGGUGUAUCAGGGGGUGGAGUCUGUCCUGCUGCUCUGUCAGGUACCAGCUGGUGUUGCCAGUGACUCCACAGCAGCAGUGUGGGACCGUGAGGAGCUCCGCACUCCAACAGUUCACGUGCACCUGCAGAGCGGUGACGAUUUUAAAGAACAAAACAAUCGAUACACCAACCGAACAUCACUGAGAGCUGACGCUCUGCAGACUGGAAACCUCAGCCUCACUCUGAGGAACCCUACAGUCUCUGACAGUGGAAACUACACCUGCACCACCCGCAAACAUGGACGAGAUCAGAGCAAGAUCCAUGUUCAACUGAAGGUCACAGAACAUCCUCCUCCUCCUCCUCCUCCUCCACCUCCUCCUCCUCCAGUCUGGCCCAUAGUUCUCUUUGCUCUUCUGGUUCCUGUGGUUCUCCUGGCUGCUGCCUUUGGUGUCUUCAUGUAUCCCAGAUAUAAAAUGAUGAAGAUGAGAAAAGAUUACCCUUUGGAGAUGGUGGAGGUGGCACAGGAAGAGAAGUCUGUCCUGCUGCCCUUUAAAAUCGAUGAAGAAGAUGAUGUUCCUCAGGACGUCAAAGUGGAGUGGAAACACCAAAACAUGACGGUCUAUGUGUAUCAGAACAAUGAACACCAGCAUCUCUUACAGGACCAGGAUCACAGAGACCGCACAGAGAUGAAUGAAGAUCCUCUGAGAAAUAAAGACUUCACUCUGACCCUGAAAGACCACCAACUUAGUGACCAUGGUGGCUACACCUGCAACGUCUACAACAAGAAGGGAUAGAUCCUGCUACACAAAGUUUUCUCACUAAAUGUCACAGCAGGAAGUGGUGGUGCAGUCCAGCUUCAAAUGUUGGCCACCACUUUUUGCCUGGCAACUCACAGGGAUGUGGAUGAUGGGAUGAUGAUGUGGAUGUAACUCUGCUGUGGAGAUGUGAAAAAGUGAUGGUCCACACGUAUCAGAGAGACCAGAGUCAGCCUCACAUACAAGGGCGCACUGAGAUGAAGAAAGACCCACUGAACACUAAAGACCUCAGUCUGACCCUGAAAGACCUCCACCUCACUGACAGUAGAGUCUACACCUGCACCGUCUACAACAAGGAUGGACACAUGCUGCUACAGAAAUCAGUGACUCUCAGUGUCAGAGUUCCUCAGUCUGAUAU